AUGAUAUCGUUUCUAUACGGUUGUAUUUUACUUGUUUCAAUCCCAUUAACAACUGCCGUUCUAUUGGAUGGUGGUUGUACAAAUGAUACUCAAUGCGAAGGAUCUAAUCUUCGUUGCCGAGAAGGAAGAUGCCAAUGUAAUUCUCCAGCAUAUGUACCGUGUCAAUCAAGAUGUGAUAUAAAUUUUCGUUAUGCUUAUGAAGGAGAUAGCUGCGAAGUAAACGAGAAUUGUAUAGAAAAUGCAAUUUGUGCCGUAAAAAAAUGUAUAUGUAAACCAGAGUAUCCAGCUAAAAAUGGACUUUGUUUGAAAAAUUUGAAUGCCACUUGUUCAAGUCAUACGGACUGUCGAUCACAAUAUUGUCCAAAUUCACGAUGUGCAUGUGCACCUGGUUUUGAGCUUUCUAAUAAUCAAGAAAGUUGUAAACGAAUAUUGGUUAAUGUUUAUAAUAGUUGGUCUGAUGCAAAUACAGCACAAGCAUUUUGUUAUGAUGAUAAUUCAUGUAUAGAUACUAUUGCAAGCUGUAUUGGUGGGCCACAAAAUACGACGAAAUUUUGUAAAUGUCCAUAUGGACAUAAAGUUGAAGAUAAUAAUAAACGAUGUGCACCAAUUAUUAGUACAUUAUUAUCACCAUUAGAUUCCUUGAUAUCUAAUUAUGGUGAAUGUGGUUUAUGUGAUGAUAUUAAUGCAGCAUGUAUACAAGCUGCUGAUGAAAUAACAUGUUGGUGUCGUAUUGGUUAUAUUAAAAAUAAUAAUAAAUGUCAAAAUGAACCAAGAACAAAACCUCUGGUGAUAUUUCCAAAUUCAGCUGAUCUUAAUUUACAUGAUUUUACAGAUCAUUGUACUAAUGGAAGCAAUAAUACAAAUCAAAUUGAUAAUAAAUUAUGUGUAUGUGCUCCAGGUUAUGAAUUUGUUACUAGAGAUCAAUCAUGUGUACAAAUUCAACGUGAUUGGAUAAAUGAUGUAUAUGAAUAUGGUCUUUGUACUCGUGUUACAUCUCGAAAUACAUCUAUAGGCCUUAAUGGUUUAUGUCCUGAGCCAUUAAAAUGUGAAGCACGAACAGAUAAACAUGUUUGUUCAUGUGGUGAAGAUAAAUUUCGAGAUAUAGAUGAUCCAAGUCAAUGCGUUUAUUUUAUUGGUAAGAGAACAAGUUCAAUUAUUGAUAAAUGUCCAACAAAAAAUGCCGUACGAAAUAGCACAACUGGCAUUUGUGAAUGUCUUGCAGGAUAUAGAGUGACUAAUAACAAUCGUCAAUGUGAAAUGAAAUUAUCAUCUGAAAUCUUUCAACCACCUUGCAACUCAAAUCAAUUAUAUAAUACAAUAUGUCAGAAUUUAUUCGGUAACACUGCAUUAUUUUGUACGAUUGGUGAAUGCCGGUGUUCGGGAAAUUAUAGUUUUUCGGAUCAGGCUCAAACUCAUUGUUAUGCACCAUUAAAUCAAUCACUUGUUCAACCAAUAAAAGAUUGUCCACCACAAUCCAAUCCACAAGGUGAUCGUUGUCAAUGUAAUGAUACCUAUCGUCCAUCGAAUGAUUUUCGGCAAUGCGUUCGUUUGCAAGUACAAUUAGUUGAAUAUAUAGGACCAUCAACAAAUACAAAUGGAGAAUUGACUACAGAAGAGUGUCAAAUUUUAUUUACAGGACCUGUUGAAUCCUAUGCAACUGGUCGUUGCCAAUGUAAAUCUAUAGCAUUUAUAAAUGCUAAUAAAACUGGAUGCUUGUCUCGACUCAAUGUCACAUUGACAGAACCAAAAGAUUUUCAACAUUGUCCUCCACGCAGUACUAUUGCGUCCGGAGGAAUAUGUCAAUGUGAUACUGGUUAUACAGGAAAUAAUAAUGAAUGUGUGCCCCUAGCAAAUCGUGUCUACAAUGAUAGUGAUACUGCAGCACUAAAUAUAACCGGUUUAACUACACCCAUCUGUACAAAAUUGUUCGGUUAUGGUGCAACGUUAUCAAACAAGGGAAGUUAUUGUAUUUGCAUACCUGAUGCAUAUCAUGUUGCAAACUUUUCAUUUUGUCUUUUUUUUAUUAACCGAAUUACUAGCGGUAUUAAACGUGAUGUCGAUUGCCCAGCCGAUUCGUUUGUUUCUCCUCAGAGCUUGCCAUCGGCAUGUGUAUGUAGUCCAGGUUAUCAUGUGUCAUCUGAUAAUAAAACAUGCAUAACAGCAAAUAUUGCUCUGGUUGGUACUGCUAAUGUUAGUUCAUCUCAAACAACGAAUUGUACCACUUUCAAAAAUGUUGACUGUACUGUUAAAUAUGGACAAUAUGCUUUUUGUCAAAAUGAAGAAUGUUUUUGUAAUCGUCACAUCAGUUUUAUUAAUUCAUCGGGUCAAUGUGGUAAGUUUUCAAAAUUAUAA